UUAGAAAUGGUAUUGAAGCUAAUGUAACUAAAACAUAUAUUAAAAAAGAUAAAGAGUUUAUACCGAUUGGAGAUGGAUGUGUAGAUUUAUUUGGAAAUUAUAAAACGAUGAAUUAUAUAAUUCAAGCAAAAUACAGAACUAAGCCUGAUGACAAAGAAGCAUAUGUCAGUCCUAAAGAUAUUAGAGAAUUUGCAGCAGUUUUGAUGCAGCAACCUAAUGGUACUGUUGGAUUUUUUGUAUCGAAUGCUAAAUUUUCAAAUAGAGCUGAAAAUACUGCAACAAAUUCAAAACUAAAUCUCAUAUUAUGUAAUGAAGAAAACAUUGUCGAAAAGAUCAAAGAAGCUCAAUUGAAACUUGAAAAUUCUUUGAACGAAGAAAUUGUUAUUGAAGAUAUAACAACUAAUGAGAAUACUAAUACUGAUAUAUAUGGUGUUAAAAUUAAUGGUUGUAUUAGAAUAGAAGAACUUAAAGAUAAUUAUUAUAAAAUUAAACAAGAAUUAACUGAAGAAAAAUGGUUCAUGGAUUUAGUAGAUCAGAAAGCAAAAAAUAAAUUGAAACAAAAGUAUCCUGAUAUUGUAUUCGAAGAUAACAAGAUUAAUACUUCGAUUAAAAGACAGAAGGAAAGAAACAGAGAAGGGGAAACAUAUUCUGAGGAGUAUAUGCGAAAAGUUUACAGAGAAUACGAGAGGAUCAUCAAUAAAAUGUAUCCAAAACAUAUUGUAUUUGAUACAGAAGAAGAUGUUUAUUUGAAGGAUAAAGAUAGAUAUGUAUUGGAUAAAGAUGAAGAUAUUGAUAGUAAAUUAUUUUUUAUAUACGAUGCUACUGAUUCUAAAGAUCCAAAACAUGGAUAUGUAAUGAAAUUACAUGCUGUUCGUAAUGUUGCACCUAUUUAUUAUAAUAUUAAAGAAACAAAAGUAAAAGUAUUUGAGAAGAAUGUUGAAGAGAAAAUGGCUAAAUAUGCAUUUGCUGGUUUAAAUAUAAACAAUCGAAAUAUAAAAUUUAAUCCAAAUGAGACAAUGGACUAUAUAGUUAAUUUAGAAGAGUUUGAUAAUAUAAAAGAAGAAGUUGAGGAUACUAUCACAAGUUCUGCAUAUAUUAUUACCUCUUUUAACUCUGAUGAAGAGUUAAAAAAACAUAAAGAAUCAGAUAAUUUUAAAUAUAUUAUUAAUCGUGAAACUAUGCGACAGUAUCGUAACUGGAUAAAACUUGAAUUAGAUGAAUUAGAACAAUCGAAACUGAAAAGAACAUGUAGAUUAUUUAAUCAAGUGUGUUCAUCUUAUGAUAUAAAUGAAGUAAAACAUGGAUUUUAUGAGUUUGUAAAUGAUUGGAAAGUGUUAAUUUACAGAUUCAAACUUACUGAAGAUAAAAAAUAUGUAUGGAUAAAAAAUGGAGACAGGAUGGAAAAAAGAGAAUUAUUCCGAAACAAAGAAGUAAAUUAUUGUUGUGGAGGUGUUAAUCGAACUGUUUUUCAUUAUCGUUGUGGAGGUGGUAAUCAAAGUGCUAUUUUGAAUAUAUGUGAACUUGCUAAAGUUGAAGAGCUACAUAUGAAUUACUGCAAUUAUUGUACUGAUUUUAAUUAUUAUUGUUGUAUAUCUAAACCAUCUUAUGGACUUGGUUUUUAUUUUCCAUGUGAUUUAUGUGAAAAGAAAGAAAUACAUCUUCAUAAAAUAUGUAAAAAAUGUUAUGAUUCAAAACAUUCAAGGAAACUUGGAUUUGUAAAAGAAACAAUUUUUGUUGAAUAA